AUGUCGAUUCAAUCUGGGUUUGAGAAGACUGUAGAUGACCCACAACUCCUUGAGCUAAAAAAUGUCUCUGUGAAUGACGCGGGCUGGUACACAUGUCUUGCAGCUAACUCCGUCGGAAUGACCUACCGCAGUGCUUACCUCACUGUUCUUACUGUUGCUUACGCUGACCAACCAGAUGAUAAGUUUUCAUACGAGUCCAAACUUUUGGAGAAAGUGAUCCGUAUGGAGAUAAAGAUGUCGCAGCUGGAACAGGUGCUGGUGCAGACCGGAAACAAGUUCGAGAACCUCUUGAUGAACGUCACGGUGACCUUGGAGAACAAAACGGCCGAACUGGACGUCUUGAAAGAUCAUAUAGACCUGCCCCUCGUAGCGUUCCAUGCCUACUACCCAGUGGAUUCAAGCCUGGACACAAACCAAAUCCUCAUACUAAGCAAUGUCACAAUGAACGAAGGGGAUGGAUACGAUAACGUCAUCGGCACGUUCAGGGCACCUGUCGCGGGACUCUACUACUUCGCUGCGCACGUUUGCAACUACGCAACGCGUGGGUUCUACUAUGAAAUCGUGAAGGAUCACGCAAUGAUUGCCAAGAGUGUGAAAUAUAACAACGCGGCUAACGAUUGUGGCUCUGUCAAUGUCAUCACCAAAAUGGAAAAGGACGAACGAGUAUGGAUCAGGUGUACUAGUGGCAACACCUCCCCACAAUUGUAUUCCAGUACCAGUUUCAGUGCCAGUUAUGGCAAAACGUCGUUCCUGGGCAUUCUGAUGCACAAAUAACCAUUGCAAUGCUGUCACCAGUGCACCAGACAAUUGUAACCACGCCCCCAGGUCCAGGAUAUAGCGGGGACUUCUUUGACUGUCGGUCCAGCCAAGCCCAUGGGCGAACUGCUGGUAAAAUCCCCGCCAAAUGCCCCUCACCCCAGGGACCCUAGUUAAGGCCCAUUUUCCACUAUUUUUGGCGCGAAGAAAAAUCCACCGCAUUCAUGCGGCACUGCGGGGCCACCUGGAAAGUAGAAACACGGCCCCCCCCCGCCUAUACCCGGUAUACCUUCGGACCUGGGGGGUCGUGGUUACAAUUGACUGGUGCAUAAUGGUUGAUUUUUACACAUGUUAUGUACGUGAUUGCAUGUUGUUAUUUGUAUGUAGCGUUUAAUAUUUAAACUGCACUGAAUACUCCAAUCGGACCACCUCGGCCAUUAUCCAGCAUACUCUCGAAGCUUGCCGAAGAUGGCCGAGUUGUCACGAUUGUGUAUACACAUUUCCAGUAAAAUGUAGUUGAGUAUUUUCCACAUUUUUAGGGAGAGUCCCGUUGAGGGCGGUUUGACAACCUUUUAGACAUUACUUAUUGCCAUGCAAGACUUAUAGCAUUAUGGAUUCCAUGUACACUGGAUGAAUGUGAUGCAAGUCCAUGUCUCCCAUAUUGUUAUAUCCAGUCUUAUGAGCGAUGCUCUUUGCUUCUAAUUGAAUGCAUACAUUUUAUGAAUUUUGUGCAAUUAUUUUAAGUUUGUUUUUUAACAUAUUUGUGCAGUUGUAUUUAAAUUCAAAUCAUAUGUAAUCUCUUUAUUCUGAAUAAAACUAAGUUGUAA